AUGCGGUCGCUGCUUGUUCUGCUCGCGUGCGAGGCUUUCACGCUCGUUCCGAGUGUCUCAGCCCAUCCUUACUCUACCGACAUCAAUCCGUCUCCCCUAGGAAAAGGAAACGGGAUCUGGAAAAGUGCCUACGACAAGGCGCAGACGCUAGUUGGCCAACUAACCUUAGAGGAGAAGGUAAACAUUACUCGAGGUUUUUCCAGCGACCAAAAUGUUUGCGCUGGAAAUACGGGAUCCAUUCCUCGUCUAGGAUGGCCUGGGAUGUGCUUGCAUGAUGCGGGCAAUGGCGUAAGAGCGACCGACUUUGUCAAUUCAUACCCCUCCGCAAUCCACGCGGGUGCUGCUUGGGACAAGAACUUGACAUACUUGAGGGGCUAUUACAUGGGAAAAGAAUUCAAGACCAAGGGAGUGAACGUGUUGCUUGGACCCAACGCUGGUCCUCUUGGGAGAUCACCCUUGGCCGGGCGCAAUUGGGAGGGAUUCUCAGUUGACCCAUAUCUCUCAGGGCAGUUGACUGCCGAGACUGUGAGAGGUCACCAAGAUGCCGGCGUCAUCGCGAACCUCAAGCAUUUCAUCGGAAACGAGCAAGAAACCUACAGGCGUCCCUAUUUCGGUGUCGAAGCCAUAUCAUCGAAUAUUGACGAUAAGACGUUGCAUGAGUACUACCUCUGGCCCUUUGUGGACGGUAUUAGAGCUGGAGCGGCUUCCGUCAUGUGUUCGUACAACCGUAUCAAUAGCACCUACGGCUGUGAGAACGACAAGUUGAUGAACCAAAUCCUCAAGACCGAGCUAUCUUUCUCCGGGUUCGUGCUCCUUGAUUGGAACGCUCAGCACAACCUCCAGAGCGCCAAUGCAGGGCUAGACAUGGUGAUGCCGCGUGGGGGUUCAUGGGGAGAUAACCUGACGGAGGCGGUACAUAACCACACCAUCAGUGAAGAGAGACUCACGGACAUGGCAAGCAGGAUUCUCGCGGCGUGGUAUCUCGUUGGCCAAGAUGUGGACUUUCCAGUCCCAGGAGUGGGCAUGCAGAACCUUACCCAGCCCCAUGAAAAGGUUGAUGCCCGUGUCCCUGCGUCGAAGCAGGUGAUACUUGAAGGUGCAAUCGCGGGGCAUGUCCUUGUCAAGAAUGAGAACGGGGCCUUGCCGUUCUCAGCCAAGCCGCAGAUGCUCUCGGUAUUCGGGUACGACGCCACGGUCCCCAAGACCAAGAACACCGACGUGCUGUUCCAGCUGGGGUACAUGGCAUCUCCCGAGAUGGGACAGGCCACUCUUGGCACUGAGCAGCACUUCGACCAAGCUGCGCGGGGAGGCACAAUAGUGAGCGGGGGCCGAGCCGCUGCCAAUUCGCCCGCAUAUAUCACCGACCCACUCAGCGCCAUUCAGCAGAGAGCUGUCAGGGAUGACACGUGGGUCAACUGGGAUCUUUCGUCCUUUGACCCGGACGUCAACGCCGCCAGCGAUGCCUGCUUGGUAUUCAUCAAUGCCAUGGCCACCGAAGGCUGGGAUCGGGACGGACUCCGGGACGACUACUCCGACGGCUUGGUUCUCAAUGUGGCCUCAAAAUGCGCUAACACCAUAGUCGUUGUUCAUGCUGCCGGUAUCCGCUUAGUCGACCAAUGGAUCGAGCAUCCCAACGUCUCCGCAGCGAUCAUCGCCCAUGUUCCUGGUCAGGAUAGUGGCACCGCACUCGUCCAACUGCUCUAUGGAGAGGCUGGGUUCUCUGGAAAGCUGCCGUAUACACUGGCAAAGAACGAAAGCGAUUAUUCCGUUUAUGAGCCUUGUAAGAGGCGCGACGCUGACGAUGUUGAUCCGCAAUGCGACUUUACCGAAGGGACGCAUCUCGACUAUCGCGCCUUUGAUGCAGACGGGCUCACGCCGCGCUUUGAGUUUGGGUUCGGCCUGAGCUACACCACAUUCGAGUACUCGGCCAUGUCAAUCAAGAAGGCCAAAGCCCCCGGCUCGGUCGAGGAGAGUCAUAGUCUCUGGCGGCCAUUUGCGACUGUCACAGCGACGAUCAAGAACGUCGGCCCCCACUCUGGAGAAGAAGUCGCCCAACUCUACGUGGCGAUCCCUGAUAGCGCGCCCAAGCAACUGCGUGGCUUCGAAAAAGUAGCGCUGGGAAAGGGAGAGUCGGCCAGGGUCCAAUUUGAGCUCUCUUAUCGUGACUUGAGCGUCUGGGACGUUGUGUCUCAGCGAUGGAACCUCCAGCCAGGUAAUUACACGGUGCUUGUUGGCGCUAGCAGUCGCGAUAUACGACUAUCAGACGGCUUCCGGGUUUCCGGAGCAAAUGUUGCGCGAUGGGUGAUCCAGGCAUGA